AUGGGCCAUCCAAGCACCGUCGAACAUGCAAUUCUGUACUUCGCAAGCGCUUAUAAACUAUACUGUUACUUGCAAAACAAAACAAGAGCAUUUUCGUCCUUCUCGUGGUGGUUUUCUUCAACGUUCAGGCAAGGCAAAAUGUCGAAUCAUCUUUCGCAAACGCAAUGCCUUGCGCCACCGCAACAAUUGCCAAGUUUCGGCACGGUGCCCUCGUUGUCAUUUCAACCACAAUGCUUCGCCCCUACAAUGUCCACGAUUCUGCCGCCUGGACCAACAUAUCAAUCGCUGAACAACACAUCACCAUCGUCGGACUCGUUAUUCUCAGUCUCCACGUCGCUGAACUCGCUGCCUUCAGAAUGUCCACCUCGUCGCAGCGAUCUUGACUUGAAAAUGGAGACCCCAGAUGCUGACGAGUUAGAUGAUUUCUUUGACCUUGAAAAACAUCAAAAAGCUCGAUCAGCCUCAUUUGGUGGCUCUACACAGUACAGUAGCCAGUUGGCUAUCGCCAGAAACGGUCUGUUUGCGCCUUCUUUGGACACGAUUGGAAGCGUCGCCAGCGGGCUGUACGAUAGUGCUGAAAAUCUGAACGGUAGACUUGGUGCCACAUCGGCAGCAUCCAGUGCCGCUCUUCUGCAUAGCCCCGAUGGAAACAACACAUUCUCACCUAGCAGCUGCAACAUGUCGUCACCGGUAAUGAACGAUCAAAUCACACCAACUGGCGCCACAGACGCCGGUGAUUCGGGAACGAACGCUGGCGCGUCGAAAAAAUCAACGACACGUCGAAACGCCUGGGGGAAUCUCAGCUAUGCGGAUCUAAUCACACAGGCUAUUCUACAAAGUCCCGAAAAACGGCUCACAUUGUCACAAGUGUACGAAUGGAUGGUUCAAAAUGUCCCGUAUUUUCGGGAUAAAGGCGAUUCGAAUAGUUCAGCGGGAUGGAAGCGUCACAUCGGUUACGUUAGCCUCGAGCGUGAACGCGAACGUCGUCCAUCGCGGCCUUUGAAGUGGCCACUUUGUCGCGGAUCAUUUGAUCGCAGUCUGGUCUACCGUACGGCCUUGGCAGGAUGUUCUCCAAGCGAAGGACUUAGAGUGGUCAAGAGUUCAUUGGCACUCUGGCAGCUGUCCUCCAAGAACGACCGCGAUGGCCUGCCGGGACGCGGCGAUUUGUGA